AUGUUCCGCCUCCACCGAGCUUCCUUUUCCAGUGAGCUUCCACGGUCAGCGACGUCACCCGAACCAUCGACAGAGAAUGUUCCCCUGCACAUACCCUCUUUCAGUCGGCAGAACACCUCAUCUACCCCUCAGCCUCUGAACUCACCUCAUGAAAGUGAGGAAGAGGACCGUGAGGUGAGCUUCUUCCUCAGACACUUCUCCGAGGCAGCCGGACGGUGGAUGGACCUCUUUGACCUCGACUGCUACUACAGUCGUCAGGUGCCCGUCUUGGCUCGUAGCAAUCCUCUUGUCAAGUACGCAGCCUGUGCUCUGGCGGCGAAGCAGCUCGGCCGCGUUAACGGGCGCAAGGCAGUCUUUGGCGGACUUUCCCACAGACUCGCCAGCAUGGAGACGUGGCCGCGCAGCGACACCAGCGCAUCCGACUACAUGUGGUACGGCAUGAAGUACUAUGACAAGAGCAUCUCGCUGCUCAUGCAGGCCAUCUCAGACGAGGAUGGCAACACCGGGGGGGCUAGGCGUGACGACUAUAACCGGAGAUACGAUGACGAGACAAUCGUCGCGGCGACGAUCCUGUGUAUCUACGAGUUCCUGAGCGCCACCACGACGGGCUGGUCGAGACAUCUUGACGGGACGCAGUCGCUGCUCAGGCUGACGAACCAGGAGCUAUUGUUUCAAUUCCAGCCAUCGCCGCGGCCUGCUGCUGCCGCGCCGACACCGCCCAAGGCACUCAGGGCUGCGUUUUGGAACUUUGCUCGACAGGACUUUCUGGCAUCAAUCAUCUCUUGCAAACACACGCGACUUAAUAUCAACGAUCUCGAGAUGUGGCGAGCAAUGGGCCUCUCGCUGGACGAGAUGGGCCUCGUCUCGAUGCUGGAUGCCGAUCCUCCGCUCCGAGAUGACAUGGUAGCUAACACGCUGGUCUGGCUGUUGUGUAAGAUUGGCAACUUUAUCGCGUCGGAUGAGGAACAGGAACAGGCAGAGGGCGAUUGCGCUGCUGCUGCAGGUGGGCUGGGAAGCAGAAGUCUCCACGACACAUGGCGGAUGCUUGACGUAGAGCUGACGCGAUGGCACGACAGCCUGCCUGACACAUUCCAGCCGUCGACACAGGUCAGAGUCGCACGGCUCUCGCCCAGUUUGGAUACGGAGACAUGGUACAGCAACAGCAUGUGCGCGUCGACGAUGCAGUCAUAUCACAUGGCGCGGAUGCUCAUGCUGCUGCACCGACCGCCAGAGCUGCUGCUGCUCCUUGAUGCGAGCAAUGACACUGCUUCAAGCGGGAGCCACCCCAGAGCACCUCGUAGACAUCGGCAGGAUCUCCUGUCUACGUACAAGACCAUGCAGACGCAGCUAUUCGGCCACGCGGUGCAUAUCUGCUCGAUUGCCCUAGGCAGGCCGGACGACUCGACGAGGAUCCACAUGCUGCAACCGCUGUACUACUCUGGGCGAUGCAUGUCAGACCGGCGGGACCAGAAGGUGGUCAGGGAGCUGAUCGAGGACAUUGAACGAGACACGGGUUGGGCGACGGGAUACAGGGUUGAGCAGCUUGUGCAGGAGUGGGCAGUGUGAAGAGACUGAACCGCUCCUGGUGCUGUUAUGAGUGUCCUGGUCGAGACUCGGCCAUUCCUCACCCUGUCCGAGACCGCCUUGGCUCCCUGUCUCACCCAAGCGCACCAGCUCCCAUACGCUGACGUUUGACGGAGGCCUUUUGGAGGGACUUCCAGGAUGAAUAUGACCUACGAGACGAGGCCAUCUACGCCGACGGCUAUCGCCCUUCGCGCAACACCGA